UCUCUGCCGCUACAGGAGCAGUUCUCGGAGGUGCUGGACGCCAUGUUUGAGCAUCGGGUUCAGCCCACGGACCACGUCAUCGACCAGGGAGACGACGGAGACAACUUCUACGUCAUAGAGAGGGGGCUGUUUGACAUUGUGGUAAUGGGAACAACGGUGGGUCAGUACAACAAUAAGGGCAGCUUCGGGGAGUUGGCACUCAUGUACAACACGCCACGUGCCGCCACUAUCGUCGCCACCAAUGAAGGGGCACUAUGGGGACUGGACCGCGCCACAUUUCGUAGACUCAUUCUGAAGAACAACGCCAAGAAGAGGAAGAUGUACGAGACCUUCAUUGAGUCCGUGCCCUUACUCAAAUCACUGGAGGCAAAUGAGAGGAUGAAGAUCGUGGAUGUAUUAGGAUCCAAGCAGUUCCCCGACGGCGAGCGCAUCAUCACACAGGGAGAGAAAGCCGACUGCUUCUAUAUUGUAGAAUCUGGAGAGGUCAAGAUCAUGAUGAAGAGUAAAACGAAGGCCGACCAUGCGGACAACGUGGAGGUGGAGCUGACGCGCUGCAGCAGGGGUCACUACUUUGGGGAGCUGGCCCUGGUCACCAACAAGCCCCGGGCCGCCUCCGUCUACGCAGAGGGCCCCGUCAAGUUAGUGGUAAUAGACAUCCAGGCGUUUGAGCGCCUCCUGGGUUCCUGUAAGGAGAUCAUGAAGAGGAACAUCUCCCACUAUGAGGAGCAGCUGGUGGCCCUGUUCGGCUCCAGCAUGGACCUGAGAGACUGAGCCCCCCACACCACCCUCCGUGCCUUCUAUUACACACACACACACACACACACACGCACACGCACACAACUAUCAUGUAGUGGCUAUACAGACUCCUAAUAAGCUUUACACAGGGCGUACAAACACUCUCACACAUACAUGCACACACACCUUGUUGCUUGAGCCAGCUUCAACCUCUCAGUAUGAACCUCUCUGCUGCAGUGACCUUAAUACAGGUAAAGCAGCAGAAGGACAUCACACACACACACACACUCUCCAAACACACGUUUAAAAACACAUCACCAUGCUUCAUACGUGCAAGCGUCGCAUUCAUGUGAGCACUUAAACAACUCAAGGUUGUUCCAACAAGCCUCAGAAAAGGCCACAUCACACACACAACACACACACACACACACACACACACACACACACACACACACACACACACACACACACACACACAGACAGGGGUACAGAUACACAUAGGCAACCACACUUGCAAAAAUUGACACAUUGUGGUAAAAUGGAGACGAAAAACUUUUAAAAUCUCUGAAAAGGAAAAUGUAUCAAAAAUGCAACAAAAAAAAGAGAAAGAAAGUUUAAAGAAGACAGAUAAGUUUUAGAAACGUUUUAUGAUGAUAAAAAAAACAGAAGCUUUGAUAAAAUAUUAUUUAAAUAAAAAAAGUGUUUCCUCUUUGGGAGGCCGGGGUGCAGAACUUUGUGAACGCACUCCAUUUCUUCCUCUACUGUUGUUGAUUGAGUUGAGUUAGUGCUGGUGAUUAUUGCAGUACCACAGAAGAAGCAGUGAAAACAAUAAAACCCUACGUUUUCUG